UUUUAUCAAGUGCUUAUUGGAAGCGGAGGAGGUGGUUGGAGCAGCAUGGCCAGCUCCAGCAGGGCAAGGGGUGCGGUUGGCGGAGAAGGAAGCAGGAGGCAGUCGGAAAGAGGAGGGGGUAGAGGGAAGGACAUUGCAAGCUCGAGCGCACCUUCGUCUGGGCUGGUUGACAAAGUCCCAACGCCGGCUACAGGCCCAUCCUUAGGCACGAGCACAAGAGCCAUUGAGCAUUUCCUAGAACUACAGAAGCCUUGCCCUUUCAGGACGGGCGAGAUAUUGCACAAGCUGGUGGCCCAAGGCGCGAAGGUGUUGCCGAAGGACAAGAAGACACAAUACAUUCUGCAAAAUUAUCGGCAGUUUCACAACAUUUCCGCGGGGGGUGCUACUGUCAAUGACGACGACAAGAGUGCGGUUGUUCCUCGCGGUUAUGAGGAGCCACAACCGCCGGUUGCUGCUGGAAGGGAGCCAGUGGAGGAGCCGGUGCAGCGGGGAAAAGAACCUGCAGCGGCACAGGCGGCGGGAGAAGAUGGUGCUUCCACCACAAGGAUGGCUUCAAUGCAACAAACGACCAUCAAGAGAUGGGUCGACAAUAUGGCCCAGAAGAAGUUGGAUGUCGCGUGGGCGGAGGCAAUGUUCAGAGCCGGAAUUGCAUUCCAAUUCCUCGAGUUUGACACCACGCAGCAGCUGCACAGCGUGUACCUCGAGGUGGCGAAUGCCAGACCGCAGGUGAAGUUGCCGUCUUCGAAGCACAUUCGGACUGUCAUGCUGGAGUUCAUUUCCAUGCGCAUUCAAAAGCAAGUGGAACCGUUGACGAAAUGUUGGGAUGUCACCAGCUGCACUUUCAUCACGGACGGGUCUAACGAUCGGAGGGAGCGGCCUGUUAUGAACUUCUUAGCGGCGGGGGAGCAAGGAGCUGUUCUGGUGGCGACGGUGUACAUGGACGGAAAGAAGAAGACGGGAGCGGCGUUGGCGAAACUGUGGGAGAAAAUAACGAGGGAGAUUUGGCUGCAUCGCAUCAACGCGAUAUGCACUGACAAUGAGGAGGUGAACAAAAGAGCAGCUCAAAUUUUGGAACGGCACACGGACCCUGCGGUUGCAAGGAUACCUUGGGUUCCCUGCGCUGCACAUUGCUGCAGCUUGCUGCUAAGGGACAUCAGCAAGUUGGACUGGGUGAAGGGCACGGUGAAGCGGGGCCACACCAUCGUCAAAUUCAUCAGGAAUCACCACACGACUAACAAUUUCAUGAUGAUCUUGGACUCAUCCUUGACGCUGUUGCGACCGACCGAGGCGAUGCGGUGGUCGAGCGCGAAGCUGCAAGCGAAAGCGGAUCUCGUGUACUUCACACUGCGGAGGGAUGCUUGGUGGACGGAGCUACGGAAGGUGGUGGAGAUGAUGGAGCCGUUGUAUCUCCUUCUGCGGAGGAUGGACAAGGACAGGACAGCACCGCCAAACCUUGUGGAGUACGACCGACUCAUGGAGAGGAUGCUGGCGGAGGUUGUGCUAACACCGAAGCAGCGAAGUUCGGUCCUGGAGAAGGCCAUCGCCAUCAAAGUGAUGGGCAUGUGGAGCACAACAACUCCGGCGGAGCGUAAUUGGUCGUCGAUGGACUUGGUGCACUCCAAGCGACGGAAUCGAUUGAAGCCCGCGACCGUGGAGAAGCUUGUGUACAUUCAUUGGAAUAUGAAUCUGUUGCGGGCGAGCAAAAACUUGAAGGACCAUCACUAYGUCGAUUUGUGGGYGGAGUUCUUCGAGUCUCUUCCGGAUGCSGAGGAGGGCGACGAUCCUCUUUUGGCGSUGSCCGAGGAGGAGAAGGGGAAAACGRAGGARGAACAGGCCCRGGAACGGGCCUUAACCAAGUUGCCAAAGGGCCGGAUUCCGAAGAACCUCGAAGAUGAUGAAGAGGAGCACACGGACGACAGCGACCUGGAGGACGAGAUAUGGAAGGGAAAGGCUCCAUGGUCGGAAUUGUGUAGCAAAGGGGAGGCAGACGACGGGUCCGACGAUGACUUUGAGCUGGGAGCGCUGCCCACAAUCCCGGGCACCACAUAUACGGACACCGACAUUGAGAUGGUGCUUCGCCCUGGUCCGAUCGACGUGGAUGAGGCGGAGGCCGAUCGUGCGAAGGCAAUGGCUGAUGCGGAUCGCGAACGGGUGCAAAGGAGAAUGAGAGAGGAGGAGCGGCAAGCAGCUGUACCGACCCGUAGAGAACUGCAAAAACAAAAGAAGAAGGUUGGAGAGCAUGAACCGGAGCCUGCGCGGGAGAUGGGGCAGCACGAGGAGGAGGAAGAGGAGGAGAUGGGGCAGCGAGACGAGGUGGAAGAGGAGGAGAUGCGCCAGCAAAACAAGGAGCAAGAACACGACAUGGCCCACCUAGCGCAGGAAGAAGAAGAGAUGGAGGAGGAAGAAGAAGAGGCUUGCAUGGAGCAGCGAGAGGAGGAGAUGGAAGAAGACGAAGGGAAGGGCACGGACCAGCAAGAAGAGGGGUCGGAGGACCAACAUGCGAAACGGGUGGGAGAGAGCGAGGAGGAGGAGCAGCAUGACGAGAUGGCGCACAGCGAGCAGCCGCAACAGCAACAGUAUGCACCGACGACCGUGUACAAGCAUCGGAAGAAAACAGCGGAGCCUGCCGGGUCGCCGGAGAAUUCCCCCGAAUUCCCAGACAACUUAGAGGGGAGCCAACACGACAACCUGUGGGUCAGCAGGGUUGGGAGGAAGAGGAAGCCCCCCCCUGUCGACGAUGUGCCGAGGCCGAAACUUCCACGUGGCAGGCCUCGGGAGAACAAGACUGCCAGCCCGGCUACGAAGCCGAAAAAAAAAAAACGGAAGUGCAUGCCUCGCACAAAGAUUGUCGACGACGACCCCGAUUCCGACAGCUGCAGCGAGCAGUUCGUCGAAGACGAGGGUUGCACUGAUGACUAAAAUUGGUGUGGGUGUGGGUGUGGGUGUG